GUUUACAAUUAAUGUUCUCCGAUAGUGGCUCUGUUUUUCUGCAGUAAAAAAGAAAAAAAAAAAGUUUGUAAAAAAAAUAAAAAAAAAACCAUUUUUACAUAUUUGUGUACAUUCGUGUAAACAUUUGUAAAAAUAAAAAAAAAGGCAAAAAAGGAUAAAAAAAGUCAAAUGAAAGGAAGAAAAUUACGGUUAAAAAAAUAAAAAAAUCGUGAAUAAUUUUUAAGAAACGGAAAAAAAAAUUAAAUAAUAUUUUUAGUUUUGUUUUUUUUUUUUUUUUCGGUGGAUCCAAACAGAGGAAAAAUCAUUUUAAAUAAAAUAUUUUUUUUCCAUUUAUUUUAAUAACAAAAAAAUUAGAUGCUUUUAAACAUAAAAUAAAAAAAGACAAUUAACAACAAGAAACAUUAAAAUAAUUAUUUAAUAUUUAAUUUUAAUUAAGAAGAAUAUCAAAAAGUUACAAAAAUAAAACAACAUUCUUGUGAUAAAUUAGAUAUUUAUAAAAUAAGAAAAAAUUAAUUUAAAUAUAAAAAUAGAAAAAAUUUAAAUAGCCUUCCAAAUUUAUUUAAAAAAAAUUUUAAUAAUUAAAUAAUUAAAUUUAAAUAUAAUUAUAAAAAGUUUAAAAUAUAAUUUAAAGUAAUUAAAAAAAAAUUAAAAAUGACAUCUACAUUAUUGCAAAAAAUUUGCCUGUUAACUGGUUUAGUAUGUUUUCUUUAUGUACAAGAAAUUACCGGAAUAACAUGUUUCGAUUGCAAUAGUUUGUACGAUCCUAGAUGUGGUGAUCCAUUUGAUGCAUAUUCAAUUGGUGAAGUAAACUGUAGUAAACAACAACCAUUAGAGCAUCUUAAAGAUAAAUAUCAACCAAGCGUAUGUCGUAAACUAUCGUUUAAAAUUUAUGGUAAAACCCGUAUUGUACGUAAAUGUGGUUAUAUACAAGAUCAACAUGAUGAUAAAGCAUGUGUUAAACGUUCCGGUACUCAUGAUGUUCAUGCAUUAUUAUGCAGUUGUACAACUGACAAAUGUAACAGUGCACCAUCAACGCUUAUGAUAGAAAAUAAUAAUUAUUUACUAAAAGCACUGCCUUUAUGUCUAACCAUUAUGAUCAUGGUAUUAGCUAAUUCCAAUUCAAUAAUUCAAUAUUUAUAAAUAUAUGUUGUAUGUAUAAUAAGCGGGAUUUAUAAUAAUUAUGUAACAUAUAUUAAUUUACUAUGUAUAUGUAUAUAUAUAUAUUACAUAGUAUAUUAAUAUAUAUAUAUAUAUAUAUAUAUAUAUAUACAUGUA